AAGACAUUGGACGGUAUACUGUCUCUUCUUUGGCUCUACAACUGCAGUCAAAUAGAGGUUCGCUUCAUUUGAACGGAAAUACCUGUCUUGAACAUGCAUCUAAAAUCAGUAUUGCCAUUCUUUCUCGCCGCAGCAGAAGCCUGGACUCCACAGUCCAGAGCUAUUGCAAAGGCCAAUGGUGAGAAAAUCACUGAACGAUGGCUUCCAAAUGACGAUAAAAUCCGUGGCGUCAAUCUCGGCUCACAGUUCAUCAUCGAACGAUGGAUGGCUGAAGAAUCAUGGAAGAACAUGGGCUGCAGUGCCUACAACGAUGAAUGGGCAUGCGUCAAAGGUAUCGGCCAAGAAAAAGCCAACGCUGCAUUUAAGAAACAUUGGGAGACUUGGAUCACUGAAGAUGAUAUAAAGCAGAUUGCAAGCAUUGGUUUAAAUGCCGUUCGUAUUCCUGUUGGAUACUGGAUGUAUGAGGAUAUCAUUCAGAAAGGCGAGUACUGGCCUCGUGGCGGCAUCUGGCAUCUUGACCGUAUCGUCGGGUGGUGCAAGAAGCAUGGUAUUUAUGCGGUUAUCGGACUACAUUCUGCUCCUGGUAUCAGUUCGCCGAAUGAGCAGUUCACCGGUCAUUCCAUCCCCAAUCCUGGGUUCUAUACUGCAGAGAACUAUGAACGAGCGUUCAAGUUCCUUGAGUGGAUGACCAAGCGCAUCCAUACCAAUGGGAACUACACUACCGUCGGCAUGCUCGAGGUUCUGAACGAGCCUGUACGCGCUGGCAAGUGGAAGGCUGAGGCAGAUGACAUGAUCAAGAAUUAUUACCCGGGUGCAUACAAGCGCAUCCAGGCUAUGGAGGGUUACCUCAAGGUUCCCAAAGCUGAUCGCUUACACAUUCAAUAUAUGGGCAAAAGCUGGGGCGCAGGCGACCCAAGACUAUACCUCCCAGACGACGAUCUCAUCUUCUUCGACGCCCACCGCUAUCUAUCCUUCGAUAACAGAAUCGCCGGCAACAAGAAAGCAUACAUCGAAACUGCUUGCAAAGACAACAUGGGCCAGCACGUUUUCGUCGGCGAAUGGUCCCUGUCCGUGAACUCAACUCUGAAGAACACUGACGAGUUCAAGAUCCAGGGCCAAGAAACAUGGUACAAAGCUUACUGGGCCGCUCAAGCUGAGUCCUUUGAGAAAGGCGAUGGCUGGUUCUUCUGGUCUUGGAAGUGUGACGGAGAGCUCGGCAAGAAAGAUUGGCGAUGGUGUUAUCAAGCUGCUGUUGCCGCGGGUGUUAUUCCCAAGGAUGCCAGUAAGGCCAAGAGUUUGAGCCCUUGUGCUCGGUAUACCGAGUAAGGUAUAAAUCCUUAGCGGUGAGCUCCGUUCUUCUGUUCUGUAUAUAGUUUUAGCCUUCUCGGCUGUUGAUGCCGAGCGGGAUAGAAAUAGUGGCUUAGAGUAUCAGAAAUCUAGCGAGUUGUUCCAUUGCAGAAGCCAUUGGCCU